AUGUCAAGGACAAAAUCUACAAAGGUCCUAAUUAUUGGGGCCGGGGUUUCUGGAUUAAAAGCUGCAGAAACAAUAUUGUCGAAAUCAUUUUUAACAGGUGACGACGUUUUAGUGGUUGAAGCCCAAAAUCGAAUUGGUGGCAGAUUAAAAACAACAGACACUUCUCAAUCUAAACUAGGAAUAAAUUAUGAUUUAGGGGCAUCGUGGUUUCAUGAUUCAUUGAACAAUAUAGUAUUGAAUCAUAUGAUUAACGAUGGUUUGUUAGAUGAUGAGAAAGAUGUCUAUUUUGAUGACAAGGAUCUUAAAACUUUUUCUAGUACUGGAGAAGUACCUAUUGUGGACAAGAAACUAAACAGAGUAUUAGAAGACAUUGAAAAGUAUAUUCAAUUGUAUUUCAAUCGGAAUUUAGGUGUUCCCGAUUUAUCCUUGCGAGACAUUGUUGCACAAUAUUUUGAAAAAUAUAAUCGGUUGAUUACUGAAGAGCAACGUGAAUAUUGUGGAAGGAUGAUGAGGUAUUUGGAAUUUUGGUUUGGAAUUAGUUGGGAUAGAAUUAGUGGCAAAUAUGCUGUAACAACUCAUCAAGGAAGAAACUUGUUAAAUAAAAAAGGAUAUGGCUAUUUAGUCGAGAGUUUGGCCAAAAGGAUACCAGAAUCUUCUUUGUUAUUAGAAGAACCGGUAAACAAAAUCAUCAGGAAUAAUAAAGACGCUGGCAAGAGGGUAUUGGUUGAAACUAUAAACGGAUUACAAAUAUUUUGUGACUAUUUGAUCGUCACAGUUCCUCAAUCAAUUCUACUGUUGGAAGAAAGCUCACCCUAUAGCAUUAAAUGGGAACCAAAAUUGCCACAAAGAUUAGUGGAGUCAAUAAAUUCAAUACAUUUUGGGGCUUUGGGUAAAGUAAUCUUUGAGUUUGACAGAAUAUUCUGGGACAAUUCUAAAGAUAGAUUUCAGAUUAUAGCUGAUCACACAGAUGGUGAUUUAUCUCGCGAAUUGACAGAGUUACCGAAACCAUUUACAUAUCCCUUGUUUGCUGUAAAUUUUGGCCGUGUUCAUAACGGGAAAGCAAGUCUAGUAAUACUUACCCAAGCACCUUUGACAAAUUAUCUCGAGACCCAUCCUGAUCAAGCUUGGCAAUAUUAUCAACCAAUGUUGCAGAAACUCUCCAUUAAUGAUGAGCCGAUUCCUGAUCCAAUCAACACAAUAGUCACCGAUUGGACAACGAACCCAUAUAUCCGUGGCUCUUAUUCAACAAUGUACACCAACGAUGAUCCAAGUGAUUUAAUAAUUAGUUUAUCAGGUGACUUUGAAGAUUUGGGGAUCCUGGAACCUUACAUUAAGUUUGCUGGAGAGCACACAACUUCAGAAGGUACUGGAUGUGUACAUGGUGCCUAUAUGAGUGGUAUUUAUGCUGCUGAUUGUAUUUUAGAAAACAUCUUUCGUAACGAUGUUACUGGUUAUACCAUUAUCGGUUAA